UAUAAAAGUAUGGUUCAGAGAGAAAAUGCAUUAUAACUCAACUGCAUACAACAUAUUUCACUAUUCCGCUGAAUUUAUGAAUUUUUGGCUUAUGUAUAAUUUCAAGUUAAUUCCUAAAGUAGAUUAUGUUGCAAUUCCGGAUUUCCCAGAGAAAGCUGUAGCAACUUGGGGACUUGUCUUUUACAGAGAAGCAGAUAUUUUCUACGAACCAGACAACAUAAUGAGCGAAUUAAACAUGGCGUCUUUAAUAGUAUAUAACAUGAUAGUUGAAUCUCUCAGUGGUCUACCAUCUUGGUUAAAGGAAGGAUUUGCUACUUUUAUUGAUGCAGUUAUCUGUGAUUAUUUCUCAUCUCAUUAUCACAAAAUGGAUUUCUUCGUCGUCCAAAGACAACAUGAAUCUCUUCGUUUUAAUUUUCAUCUCAAUAAGAAUCUUCCACAAAUCAACAAGCUUGAUAUUAAUUUAUUUCCUGGUUUUCUUCGUUACAAUAAAGCUUUUUCUAUAUUGCGUAUGCUACAUUAUUUAGUCACCGAUCAUGUGUUUCCACUUGGUAUGAAGCAAUAUUUAAAGGAAAAUUCAGAUUCUAUAUUUCAAUUGAAAAUAUUCUGGACAUCUAUGCAACAUGCUCUUGAUGAAUUGCAUCCAGACAACAAUAUUAUCUUAGUAAGAAAAAUGGAUGGUUGGACAAAACAAAAAAGUUAUCCUAUAUUAAAACUAAAACGAGAGAACGGUUGUACAAGUAUAUUACUAGAAAAUUUCGAUUCAAUCGAUGGUGAAUUGUGGAUACCUAUGACUUAUACUACACAGAAUAAUCCCAAUUUUAGUAAAACUUCGUUUCGUGAUGUCAAGUGGCUAAAAUUCACUAAAGAAGAGUUAUUUACUAUUGAUGUAUCUAAAUUUUUCAUAGAAGAUGGUUGGAUUAUAAUCAAUUUACAACAAGCUGGAUACUAUCGUGUCAACUAUGAUACUGAAAACUGGAAAAAAAUUGCAAAGUACUUAAAUGAUAUGGAAUAUACGAAUAUACAUAUUCUCAAUCGUGCUCAAAUCAUUGAUGAUGCGUAUCAUUUUUUAACGACUGGACAAAUUGAUUCUUCUCUGUUUUGGGAAAUCACGAAUUAUCUAUCCCGAGAGACAAGUUUUAUAGCAUGGUAUCCUAUGGUCAAAGCUUUUGAAUACAUGUCGAGUGUUUUCCCAUUAUCAAACAUAGGAGCAUAUGAUAUCAAGGAAAAAAUUCAGAAAAUAUUAAACGGAGUUUUGCAAAAGAUACCAUACGAAAAACUUAAUAUGUCAACGCAUAUAGCGCAAGAAAUUGCAACGUGGGCAUGCAUUCUUGAUGAUUUUGAUUGCAAGAAACUAGCAACUUCUAAUUUAGAACAAUAUCUCUCAAAUCGUACAAGGAAUAAAUUUCUUCCAAGGGAGGAAUGGACAUAUUGUAAUGGAUUGGCGAUGUCGAACAAUAUUCUUUGGAUUAAUGUAUUUGAUAUAUACCAAGAAGAAUUUGAUAAUAAAUAUUUGAGAUUUUUAGCUUGUUCCGAAAAUAUUGCUAUGAUUAAAAAAUUUAUAAUGUUAGUGACAAUGAAGAAUUCUAAUAAAACAAUAAAACAUAAAGACUGUAUGAGCAGUUUGCAUUUUAUUAUUGCCAAGCAUGCAAAGAAUAGCAUAAUACUUGAUUAUAUAUUUGCAAAUUAUAACAAAAUAAUACCAAGACAAGCUACGGUUGCAAUAUUAAUUGAU